AUGAACGUUUCUCGUCUGUUUGUGCCUCUGACUUUCGUUUCUUGUUUUCUCUCUCUCUUACUCUCUCACUCACUCUCUCUCUCUCUUACUCUCUCACUCACUCUCUCUCUCUCUCUUACUCUCUAUCUCCCACUCUUUUUCUCCACUGUUUUCUUCCCUCCUCUCCUUCUUCUAUUUCAGUCUCUCAAUUUCUCUCUUACCUCUUCUUCAUCUCUCAUUUACUUGUUUCUUUUUCUCUCUCUCUCUCUUUCUUUUUCUUCAUCCUACUACCUCUCUUCUCUUUCGCUUGCCUUUCUCUUUUCCUUAUUUUCGCCUAACUCUUUCUCUCUCUUCUUUUUCUCUUUCUACUUGCUUAUCGACUCAGAUAUUCUCUCUCGCUCCCUCUCUCUCUCUCUCUUACUUCUCCCGAUUAUUUCAUUCUCAUCUUCAGCCUCUCACUUUCUCUCUUACUUUUGA